CACGUUCUCUCUCUCUCUCUCUCGCUUCCGUAGCUCAGGAGGUCUCAGGUCGAGUUCUCUCGCGGCCCGCCGUCAGCAAUGGAAAUGAGAAAGAUUGCCUGUGCUGUCCUCGUGGCCGCCGCCUCGGCCACCUCCGCACUGGCAGCUGAGGCCCCUGCGCCCGGCCCUGCCAGUGCCUCCUUCGCCGUCAACCCCGUUGUUGGGUCCGUGAUCGGGGCCUCCGUCCUCUCCUUCUUUGCCUUGUACUUGCAGUAGGCGCCUCACGAGGAGUAGGAAAGAAAGACAGAAGCGGCAGACUCGUGUCGUUGACAUCUCUCUUAUCAUUAUUCUUUCCUUAUUUCCUCUUUCCAUGUUCUUCUCCUACUUCGGGUUCCGUCGUUAAAUGUUAAUUAAGAGGAUGGAAACGGUGGCGUUUGUGUGAAUGUGAUUGGUGAAUGAAUUCCUUCAAACAAAGACCAUAAUGGUUCAUUGACUUGUGUGGUGGG